UUUUAUCAGAAUCUGUGAUAACCUCAUAAAGAAGAUUCAAUUGAUGCAUUUAAAAGACAAUGUCGAAAAUCUUGAAGAAACUAAGUUAUCUGGAUUUUCCUGAGAACUCCCGGCAGGCCCUGCAGUAUGUGGCUUCCUGUUACUCAGACGGUUCAACACAUCAUCAUGGUUUGUCUAUACCUGGUCUAGAGUCAGCCUCCGAGAACUGGGCCUAUGAAGUCUGUCACGAAUACAUCUAUUUCAAUUCCUCUUCUCGACGAGGUACACAGAAAUUGAAUGCUGUUCAGGAGCUGCAGCUUCUUGAAAUGUUAAGCAGUUGUCUGAGUGAGGCCAAUGAGGGGUCCAGAUACAGUAUAUUUAAUGCCAUUUUUGGAGGUUCCCCUGAAGCAUACAAAAUUAUUCUACUGACCAAACUGGUGUCCAUGGCAUUAUCAGUCAGUGUUAGUUCAGUACUGGACUGUGCUGCAUUAUGGAUGCAGGAGCAUGGUUGUCACAGUAAGGCAGCUUGUGACCUCUCCCACAGUCUUGUGGAGGAUUACUGUGUUCUUUUUCCUGAGGUCAGUCAGACAUUUCAGAAUCUCCCCAAAAUCUCACCCCUCUUCACAUGUAACUUCAUCACAGCUGUUGCCACUAUAUACCCAUUUGAUGGGAAUGCCUUCCAGAAGCCUCCUCCACUGUCAUUACUCCGAUACAUCACGGAUUGGGUUUCCUCAGAUCCCUGUUUGUGUUCAGAGUCCGUCCGUCUGUCACGUAUACAGGCUAACUUCUCUUGCCCCUUCAUGGGCCUCGUUCAGUGGUGCAUUCUGGGACACUUAUAUACACAGUGUCAGGUGACCAAUGAAACAGAAAAAACUGAGGUUCUUGGUCUUCUCUCUAAGCUCCAUUUUGGAAUUCUUCAGAGCUUGUUAGCUUAUAAAAGCAUGGAACUGAAUCAGGCUCUCUUUUAUAUGCCCCAUUUUGUGUCAUUGUCUCAAGCCUUGAUGCAGUUGAAUAAAGGAUGCAGGAGUGAAGAAACUUUGCAUUUGUUGAUAGAAAAGAUUGGACAAGUGAUUCAGGUUGCCAUGGUGACAGGGAGUCUGAAAGAAGAGAAAGGCUUCUUUGGUCUUAAACAAAUUUGCAGCAUACUCCCACAGAAUAGAUUAUUGGAAAUCAUUCAAAGGCAUCAUCUUCCCCAGAGCAUGGAGACGUCUUAGUGAGGACAGACAACAUGACAUAGUGAGGACAGACAAAAUGACAUAGUGAGGACAGACAACAUGACAGAGUGAGGACAGACAAAAUGACAUAGUGAGGACAGACAAAAUGACAGAGUAAGGACAGACAACAUAAUAUAGUUAGGACAAACAAUAAACAACUUGUCAUAGUGAAAAUUAUUAGUAACGUUCUUUUGUGAGGUCAGCAAGCAAUAUUGGUGCAUAAAUCCAGCUAAACUGAAAAAAUGGAGUCAUACAAACGUCCACUGCUGAGCAGGGAGAAUUGUGUAAAAGCAUGAUGAAAGAAUGAACAUCUUGUAUUUUGAAUAUUAAUAAGUAUUGUUAUAGAACUUUGAAUUGAAGAUACAUUACUGUAUGUUGUUAGGAUUUAUUGUGUCAUAAAUUUUAUAUA